AUGACGACUUCAAAUAUAAGGAGUAUGAUGAGUCCAUUACCAAGUAUUUCAGUUAAGGAACAAAUGGUAGAAUCUCCAAGUAAUAAACAACUACCUACAACUAGUUCGAUUCAUAUCUCUAAGAACUGGGUAUUACCAGAAAGAUUAAAACCAGGUAGAAAACCUGUAUUAAGAUCAGGUGUGUCAAAACCCAUUACUAAUGAGACUACAAAUAAUAAACAUUCUAGUAAUAUAAGAUUAGAAUUAGCUAGAAGUUUAUUAGGUACACCUACUAAUGUAACCUCGAUGGAACCCAAUAGUGAACAGGCACUACAAAUAAAACAGGAUAUUACUAAUAUUAAUAAUAUUAGUAGUAGAAGCGGUAGAAGCGGUAGAAGCGGUAGAAGCGGUAGUAGUAGUAGCAGCAGCAGCAGCGGUAGUGGUGCUAUAGAUGAUACUUCGAUAGAGGACAAUAAUACAAUUAAUACUGGUAAAGGUAAUGAUUCUGCCGCAAGAAGAAGAAAACAGAAUAGAGAUGCUCAAAGAGCCUAUAGGGAAAGGAAAGCAAAUAGGAUUCAUAUAUUAGAAGAUACCGUAGAUAAUUUACAAACUGAUGUCGAAAUAUGGCAAAUGAAAUGUGAUACUUUAACUAAAGAAAAAAAUAAUGCAAAGAUGGCUUUAGAAAAUGCUUUAAAAGAAAAUGAAGAUUUAUUAAGACAAAUUCAACUUUUGAAAAAUGAAGUCUUAAUUAAAUCAUCUAAUGAAAAUGGUGAUAAAAAUUUAAUUUCAUCAAAUAAAAUUGAAAAUAAUUCAUUAAAUGAAAUGAUUCAAAAUUUUACUCCAAUGAAAGCAAUUCCAUUAAUUAAGAAAAAAUUAAAUAAUAAUGAUUCAAAGUCAACUUGUAAUGGGAAUGGUACGGGCAAUUGUUGUGGUAAAAAAAAUCAAAAAUCAAAAGAUAAAUUACCAGAUCUUAAAGUUUGGACACCUGGUUCUUGUGAUAGGUGUAAAGCUGAUCCUAAUAAUAAAGCUUUUUGUAAAUCAAUCUUUAAAGACAAUAUUAAUCCUUCAUCUAAUUUACCUGAAUCAAUUGUGAAAUUACAAGAUCAAAAAAAUAUUAAUGCCGAUAAUGGUUUAAUACAAUUACCUUUAUCUCCAUCAUCAAUGUCUCAAGAAAAUAAUACCAAUAAACCUUGUAAUGAAAAUCAAAAUAAAAGAUGUUGCGGGAAUUGUUCUCAAAAUAAAAAAGAAUAUAUUCCAAUUACUGAUACAUAUCAAAGAAUUAGAAAACAUAUGACUUCACAACAGGAUAAUCAUUGUAUUUCAAAAUUGAAAAAUGAAUCAAAUAGAAAUUCCACUUUAAUUAAUGUUUUACAAAAUAUUGCAACAGAUUUAGAGGUUAAUGGUAGAGAGAUUGAAGUUAGUAGUAUUGAGAAAGCUUUAGAUAAUUUAAAACAAUGA